CUUCCAAACUCAUCCUAUCAAAUGUAAAAUAUGGGCUCCUAAAUUUGGCUUAGAAUACCCAUGGGUAGUCCACAACACGGUUAAAUACCAUUUUUACGCCCAUUAGUUUCAAAAAUUAUAGACCCAUACCGCUCAGGGCUCUCCCAACCCGACAGGUUCCACGACUCUAGCUCAUUUCUACAAUCCCCAACCAUAGUUUCCUUUCUCAUUCUCUGAAUCAACAGAAAACCCUAGGUCACCAACCCUUGAGUUGGGUUCUUCAUUGGAUUGUGAGUGAUUGUGGUCGAGUUGAGUUCUUCAAGCUUUGGGUUUAGGGUUCUUCAAACCCUAGCUACACUGUUCUUCAAUUCGGUUCUUCACCAGCCAAUCAAACACUGGACUAAAGUCUGAAGUUUUUGAAUAGAGGUCAGAAAUAUCUGAGAGUAGGUGUUGGCAUUUCAAUCAUCUCUUGCUUGUUGUGCUGGUUUGAAAGGAGGUCUGAGAAUAGAAUACAACCAUGUCUUUCAUGAAAGGGGAUUUACUUACCAGAACAAGAAAGCUUGUGAAGGGUUUGGCCAUGGCUGAGCCUGUUUGGCUCAAAGCAAUGGAACGGGCUCCACCUGCAAACUUCCCUCGUGUUGAUGGGAAAAUUAAGAAGAUCACUCUUCCUGAGGAUGCCUAUAUAAAGAAGUUCUUUCAGAAGCAUCCAGAUUCUAAGCACGAAGAUGCCAUCAAGAUCUGUGGUUUGGAACCCCCUCCGGCUCGUGUAUUUGGAUGGCGGGUGCUUGAGUUGAAGGAGCAGGGAGUGAGUGAGCAGGAUGCCAUGGCUGUAGCUGAUAUGGAAUAUCGGGCUGAGAAGAAGGCCAAAAAGAAGGCUUACACUCGGCUAAAGCAAAUCACACGUCUUCAGGGGAAGAAACCACCCCCAAACCCGUAUCCGAGUGCUAUCAAGGAGAUACAGGCUGAGGAGAGGAAGUUUGUUCGUGACCGAUUCUUUAAUCCCAAGGCUCUUGAACUUGUGCAGAAGAUGAAAGAAGAGAAGUCGGCUCAGAUGCGGGAGAGGAUGAGAGGAAGUGGAAUGUUCUGAAGUGGUCGCUGCAAGCAUCAAUCCAUUGUUACUUCUUGAAGCUGGAUUCUGAUAAUUCCUUUGCAAAUUGCAUGGGGUUUUGAUUUAGGAAAACUAUAACUGCACUGUUGCUAUGCAAGAGUAGAAUGGAAUUGGGUGGAAUAAAAUAGAAUUUCUUACUUGAUUUCAACAUCCUCCAUUCAAAUUUUCAUUUCAUUUCUUAGCACAUUUAAUUUUGUAAGCUAAAUAUUUUUCAAAGAAAGUUACAGCUGUAUCUGUGAGCAUGAAUUUUGGACUUAAAUUUAGAUUUAAGUGUAUUUGGAUAAAUUUUAAUAUAAUUUUAUAUUAUCUCUUAUCUAAA